CACAAGCUGCUCGACGAACAAGAUCGUAAUCUUACCCUCCCUGCCCUUUAAUCAGAUCAAUCUGGUGUCCUCCAUCCCUCCAAUAGGGCCACUCCUCAACCCAUCAUCACCUAUCGCACUACACUCGUAUCCAACCCCCCACGUCCCUAAUGUCCACCAUCAAUAUCGUCAAAUUCUAUUUCCCCAAGCCCUGGCUCGCCAGUUUCCGGGACGAUCAGCUACAGUCCUACAUCAAACUCGCUUACCUGACGGUCAGUGCGCGACAAUCAUACCCCAAGGCCGUGCUAUUUAGAUCCCUGGUCCACCUGCAAGUCAAGAGCGAAGGCUCACGCAAACAUCUGAGGAAGGGGACCUGGCACGUGACCCUGUGCUACAAGUCCGAGGACCAUCUGGCGCGUGGCCAGCAUGUCGCCGCCCAUGCCUAUGUGCGGGGGAAAGAGGACCUAACCUUGUUGCGCGCCACGUAUCGAGGACCGAAGCCGGAUUCGCAGCUUAACGCCAAUGGGAAAUGGUCCUGGGCGGUGGAAGACGAGUCGCAUGUUGCGCAGGAGAUGGUCUAUGGCCAUAUCUCCACGUCAAAGAAUAGAAAGAGGAGCGGAAGAGGUAGGACGUGAGAGUGGUGGGGGCGGUAAAUUCUGUGGGGUUUGUUUUAUUCUCUGGCUACCUGUUGUUUUUGAGCAUGUUGUCAUUUCCCGGUGUUAUCUGUCUCGCUGUUGCAUC